ACCAAGAGAUUAAUUUGAAAUUCUUGCCCCUAUCGGCCGCUUACCGCAGGGAUCGGAAUUGCGAGAAUCGCCAAAAAGAAACCGAAGAGAAAGCGGAGGUCGGUCCUAUCCUGAGUCCAAAUCGAACUUUUGGAGACCUUGCGGGCCCCACACCGCCAAAACACAUAUAAAAGCCAAAGCCGUGAGCGCUACGGCUUACAUCUCUUGCCAAGACCACUAAUUGGAGUUGCCUUGCUUGCUUACCAAGCUUCUUCUUGCUUACCAAGCUUCUUCGAACAGCCGACUCAAGUUUCUAUUCUGCAAUAAUCGAAUUCUUGUUUUCCAAUGGAGAAGGGUGACCUUUACAAGGUGAGAUUAAUGCCACAAAAAGAUUACCAAGAUGAAGAGCCUAAAGAAUGCAUUUUGCAAAGUGAAGGAGUAGACCACAUUAGGCACAUGUAUCCAAGAGAGUACAAAGGCAAAAUAUUUCAGUCUCCUAAUGGUAACAUUGAGAGUAUCAAUAGAUUUCAGUCUCUUCAAGAUUCUGGGGAACCAAGUGCGGCCUAUAAUGUCAUCCACAAUCCUGUUCAAAAUGGUGCUCUUUACUGUCCUGAGCAGAUUGGUGGAGGUUCUCUUAUCCAUGGCGGUGGAGGGGGCAAUGAAGAUAGAUAUCAAUAUGGUGUUCACAGAAACCGGACUCCUCCUAAAGUUGAUCACUGUAGGAAUAUGCAUGCAAAAUCAUUCACCCCCCAGAGUUCACCCCCUAAUUUAAGCUUUUCAGGUCUUUUGGACAACACAAGCAGUGACUUCCAAGGUUAUGGCCGCAGAACAGAUGGCAAAACUUCGUCUAACUUCAAUGGUGAAUAUCAUAAUAGAUACUAUAGUUUAGGAGGUUAUGAAGAUGCAAGAUAUGUAAAUUCAGGUCACCAUAAAAGCUAUCGAGGCCACCCGAAAGCCGCUUCAAGAGCCUCUAGGCACAGAGAGGGUGCAUUGCCAAUUGAGAAGCAGGUUAAUUAUACUGUCAGAACCUCCCAAGGCCCUAAAGCUGCUUCAAGAGGCUAUAGCAGUCACAGAGAGGUUACCUUGCCAAAUCAAAAGCGGGGUAGUUUUUCUGGGAUAAGAUCACAAAAUCCUGCUGUUACAAGGGUCAACGGUGAACAAACUGUCAGGAACUCCCAAGGCCUUAAAGCUGCUUCAGGAAGUGCUUCUGUUAAAAGGGUCACCGGCGAACAAACUGUCAGGACCUCCAGAGUUGAAUCAAGGAAUCCGGGCAAUGUGUCUAACAUGAGUUAUAAACGGAGGUCUGAAGUACAGCAUGGUUAUAACAAUGCAGUCAAGACCUCCCAAACUGAACCAUCUUCAUCAUAUUCUCGGUUAGUCAGGGGAGAUGGAGGCACCAAGAGGAAUAAUUACAGAGGUAAACCAGACCACACUCCAAAGUAUCUGUCUGCUGAGAAGAGCAAAGAUUUUGCUUCACAUUUUCAGAAGAGUCAAAGCCAUAGAACUCCAGCCUCCCACCAAGUUUUGGAAAAGCAAGUUGGGAGCCGACCUUCAGAAAAACCAUCUAAGUUCAGGAAGCGACGACCUUCCAAAGAGCCAUCUAAGUUCAGGAAGCAACCUUCCGAAAAGCCAUCCAAACAGCCCACAGAAUGGGAUCUUCCAACAGAUCAUAUCUCUUGGGAUGGUUCUGAUGAUCCUACCACUCAACCAUUUGGACAAAACUGUCAUCUAUGUGAUAAUGAUCUUGCAUAUUCACCAACAGGUGAAGAAUUAGAUCCUUCUAUUCUUCAAGCUGUUUCUGUUCUUCCAUGUGGUCAUGCCUUCCAUUGCCAGUGCUUGGAGUUCUUUACACCCGAAGAGCAGUCCACAGAUCCUCCAUGUUUUAUAUGUGUUCGCUUAUCUUGAAUACAUCACCUCUGCUCUCUCAGAUAUCCUGCCCACGUAUCAAAAAAUACUACAUUUCUGUUCUAAGUAAACGAAAAGAACAAGGAAAUUAGCAUAGGAUUUGCUUUAACAAUUCUUGGUGUAUCCAUACAAAUGUAAAUGCAGAGAUGAUGUAUGAUAUACACAACUGAGAGCUAAGUGUUUUAAGCAUUUUACUUUGGUGUCAAAUCUACCAUGAUUGUUGAUUGUAGAUUAACAGA